AUGGCUAGCUUCAUCACUCACCACAACAACGAAUUUGCCAUCAAAGACUUGGGCGACCUCAACUACUUUCUUGGUUUUGAAGUCACUCGCACCACUAAUGGUCUUUUCUUAUGUCAGUCCAAGUAUGCAGACGACAUUCUUGCUCGUGUUGAUCUUCUUGAUGCUAAACCAGUGCACACUCCUCUCACUGCUAAUGAAUCUUUUACUUUAACAGGGGAUCAUUAUCAUGAUCCUACCACCUACAGGUCAUUAGCACUUCAAUAUCUCACAAUUACUAGACCAGACGUCUCUUAUGAUCAUGUCAAGCGUAUUCUUUGCUAUAUUAAAAGAACAUGCGCAUACGGCCUCACCCUUACCAAACUUGUCUGCACUACCAUUCUUGGUUUUUCUGAUGUGGACUGGGCUCGCUGCAUUGACACUCGUCGUUCCACAUACGGUUACUCAAUAUUCUGGGGUGGUAAUCUUGUUUCUUGGAGUCCCAAGAAGCAACCUAAUGUUGCUCGCGCAAGCUGUGAAUCUGAGUAUCGUGCAAUGGCUAACACCGCUGCUGAAAUCAUCUAG